AUGUCAAAAGGUACUAAAGAGGAAGACCAAUGUUACAUACGCUCUUCCGCAGCUGGACGGAUGCUGGCAAUAAGGGCCAUGGUGAUUCUUGGACUGCUGUUGAUGGUUGGGGCUUCCGUCUCAUAUCUCUUACAGAGGUUUAUGAUGAAGAGCAACCCAAGGCUCACACAAGUCGCCGCUGGACUAGCGAUUUCAGGAGGUAUUUUGAUGCUGAUGGGGCCAAUCAUAUACGCCACCGCAUCUGACAUCAAGGCUCUCCUGGAGCUCGAGGGCGUCAGUCUGCACGCCGGGUUCGCACUCUGUAUCGUGGCGGCGGUAGCAGGAAUGGCGGCGGGAAUUUCAAUGAACCUUACGAAACCGGAAUAAUUCAUUCCAUAUUUGGAUUGAAAGACUAUGAGCAAUUCGUAUUUAGUCCAAAAUCAGCUCAC